UAGAAAAAGGAACACACAAAGAAGCCUUUGAAAGUUCAAAGCCUUGUUACAGCGCCAUGCUUUCUCUUCAGAUGGGUAGAAGCUUGGGGUUGAUGUGGAGUUUGUUGAUGGUGAUGAUGGUCAUCAAUGGUGGAAGAGAUGUGGAAGGGUAUUCAGAGGAAGACCUGGUAAUUAAGCUUCCUGGCCAGCCUCAUGUUAGCUUCAAGCAGUAUGCUGGGUAUGUUGAUGUAGAUGAAAAGGCUGGAAGAAGCCUCUUUUACUACUUUGUUGAAGCUCAAGAAAAACCUCAUCACAAACCCCUCACUUUGUGGCUCAAUGGAGGACCGGGAUGUUCUUCAAUGGGAGGAGGAGCAUUCACUGAAUUAGGCCCUUUUUUUCCUAGGGGUGAUGGCCGGGGUCUUCGCAUAAACGAGGAGUCAUGGAAUAAAGUCUCAAAUCUCCUUUUUGUUGAGUCUCCUGCUGGGGUUGGAUGGUCCUACUCUAACACAACUUCUGAUUACAAUCGCGACGAUGCAUCGACCGCUCAUGACAUGUACAUCUUCUUGUUGAAAUGGUUCCAAAAGUUUCCCGAAUACAAAACCAGCGCCUUAUUUCUGACCGGAGAAAGCUAUGCAGGGCAUUAUAUACCACAAUUGGCUGAUGUCCUGCUGAGGCAUAAUAAACUCUCGACCAGUUUCAAGUUUAAUCUCAAGGGAGUUGCUAUUGGAAAUCCACUUCUCAACCUUGAUAGAGAUGCCGGUUCAGUUUAUGAAUUUUUCUGGUCACAUGGCAUGAUAUCUGAUGAGCUUGGCCUCACCAUCAAUAGAGAAUGUGAUUUCAACGAUUACAGUUCUGUUAAUAUGAGCAAAGCAUGCAAUGAUGCAAGUGAUGAGGCUUAUCAAGUAGUGGGAGACUACAUAAAUAAUUAUGAUGUGAUCCUUGAUGUUUGUUAUCCAUCAAUUGUCGAACAAGAAUUGCGAUUGAAGAAACUCGCUACAAAGAUGAGUGUAGGGGUUGAUGUUUGCAUGUCAUAUGAGAGGCAGUACUACUUCAAUAUGCCAGAAGUUCAGCAUGCUCUUCACGCCAACCGGACGAACUUACCAUACGAAUGGAGUAUGUGCAGCUCUUUUCUGAAUUACAACAGCAAGGAUACUAGCAUCAACAUCCUACCAAUACUAAAGAAAAUAAUUCAGCACAAGAUACCUGUCUGGGUUUACAGUGGUGAUCAAGACUCAGUUGUUCCGUUUUUAGGCUCUCGAACAUUAAUGCGAGAACUAGCACAUGAACUGAAGUUUGCAAUCACAGUUCCUUAUGGUGUUUGGUUUUACAAAGGCCAGGUUGGUGGUUGGGUGACUGAAUAUGGUAAUAUAUUGACAUUUGCUACUGUGAGAGGUGCUUCUCAUAUGGUUCCUUAUGCACAGCCUGGAAGAGCACUGCAACUAUUUGCUUCAUUUGUUCAUGGACAGAGACUGCCAAACACAACAACCCCUUCAAUUUAUGAUUGAUGAGUCUUGUUCUUCAAUUUGUUUAUAGGUUUCUGCAAUUGCCUAGCUUAAUUGUGAUUAUUAUUAAAGAGUCUUUAAUUUGGCUUAUAGGUUUAUGCAUUUGUUCAACUUUUGAUUAUUUUGUGGAAAAUAAAUUAGUUUGAUUAAA